UGACUAAUUCCUUUCAUUCCUAAACACAAAUCAAAUGUUUGUUUCUAUUUAUUAAAUGGUACUGCCUGGAAUGAUCUGUUAGGAAGGCAUUUAAUCAAGGCUCCCUCUAAUUGAGGGAUAUAUAAUUAUGGUAAUGGAGACUCCGCUAGAUGUACUGUCAAGAGCCGCUUCUUUAGUGCAGCCAGACACAAGGGAAAAAACGGAGACGGAUGCAGGCGAGGAAUCACCCAAGGUGAUGCCUUCAGCUGAAAACCGGAGGAAACGAAAUCUUGAAAGACGAGACAUUUCUCAAGCGUUGAAUUUUGAUGACGGUCGUCUUGAGAAACUUUCGUCAGUGAAGACAGCAGGAACACAAACGUCCCCACUAAACCCAGUAGCAAAUACAAAGUCAAGAAUUGAUUCUGGGCCACCUCCUCUUAUCUCAAUUAUUCCAAAAUCUGAGGACUCUGGAUACAUGCACUCUCACCUUCCUCCACACUCACGGCCAUCUGUAAUCACAUCCACCAAUAUUAUUCGCAGGCCAGUUGGUUUUAUGGCCCCAUCCCACCUUUAUGGUCCAACAGAAAUGUUUUGUUACCCAGGUCCUCACAGACGUGAAAUUGUGGAAUCAGGAAUCAUUGAUCCUUUUGUAGAAGAACACUUUCGUCGUAGCCUUGGUGAUGACUACAAAUGUGUCAGCCCAACAGCAAUAUCUACAGCAGGCUCAGUUGAUGACCAUUUUGCAAAGGCUCUUGGAGACACAUGGCAGAAAUUAAAAAAACCUGAAGUAUCAACUCAGUCUUCAAAUUCACCACAACUGCAAUCUAUUGUAUCACCUGCCAACUAGCUCUUUAUCUUUUUACAUAUUUUCUUAAGUAGAUGCUAGAGUUUAUCAUGUAGGGGGUUUGUGUCUUUGUCAUGAUGCUACUUUUCACAAAUUUAUUGUAUGCAUAACUUGCCAAUUCUUGCAUAAACAAUACAUGAUUUAUUGUUUGUAAUGCUGAAAUUUUAGACUUUCAAGCAGAUGAAAUAGAUUAGGCUUACUUUGAUUUGUGAAGAUGCAUCAUUUAAAAUGUUUGCAUUAUUUGUUGAGAACUUGUGUUAUUUAGCUAUAGCAUGAGGGCUGGCAAUGAAUGCAGUACAGAGAUGUACAUGUACUAUGUACAUGUUUUGAACCCAAGACCAUUUUAGUUUCUCAGAAGUGUAUUUUUACUGUGUGUGUUGCCUAAGGUGUUGUGAAUGUCAAGGUCCACAUGCAUGUCUAAAGAGCAGUUUAGAAAUUAAGAAUUUCUUAAGGGAUUUUGAUGUUCAUGAAUUUCUACUACAUUUCAGACACUCAUUUUCUGACUUAACUCAUGAGUGAAUUUUUGUACCAUCUCUAGUUCAUACUGCUAUUUCUACACACAAUUACACUCUGCUAGAAGCAAAGGUAGAAAUAGUUUUUCUAAGGUUUCUUGCAUCAUAGAAGUGACUUAUGUGUUGAUUUUCAUCGUCAGAGGCAAUUCCUUUAACUCAAUUAAAAAAAAAACUGCAUGUUUAAAAAACUUUUUAACCCAUUCGUUACUUUUUUAUCCAUAGUUGUAAUUCUACUUUUUUAACAAAUUAUUUUUGGCAAUGAUGAUGUAGAGUAGAAAAGUUUAUCAACAGCUUAAAUUUUUUUCCUAUCAAACUUAUAAUACAAGGGCAUGUCAUUUAACAGGCAGUUAGCAAGGAAAUUUAAAUGGCAUGUCAGUAUGGAAAAAAGUCUAUAGGCCCUUUAUUAGUUUGAUUUAAAAUUGUUACCCAUGGACAGAAGCUAAUUUGUAUCGAGUUGGGAUCUUUUUUAUUUAAUAGAUACUGAAAUUUACCCUGUGAAGUACUAUCCUUUUUGUCUCUGAUUGGAGGAAUAAUGUAUUUAUACAUUACAGCUUCCAAUCUUUGAAUUGAAAUGUGAAAAAAUCUCAGUACAUAUGAAGUUAAAACAUCAUGCUAUCGAAAGUGCUUGAAAAAUUUUUAUUCACUGGUUGGGAUGCAUCUAGAGACUCCAUUUUAUUCCAUGGAAUGAUCUCUUUGCUCUUGUCAAUGGUGAAAAAGGUUCUUUAGAACUGGUCUUUGGUAAGAGUUUUCGGAGGAUGAUUGUUUUGCACUGAGUAGACACAGAUAAAUCCCGAUUAUCAAAUUGUUUUAAAUGUGUGGUUUUUAGGCAUGAAUUGAUGGACCCUAUAGACAGAGCUGCAAAAAAAGUUGUCUUUUAUUAGUGUUUUAGUUUUCCCAUGUUUUAGGCAUAUUCUGUUUAUGCAAGCAGCCAAACUUUGGCCCAAGAUAGUUGCCUUGGUGUUGGGGCAAGCAGUUUGAUAAGUUCUAAUUGAAAUAGUGAGCUAAGAGAUAAUUGUAAAUAUAGUGUGUACACAAGAGCUAUUUAAUAUAUUGUGUAGUAAUGUAAAUAUCAACAAGGUCGCUGAGAACUUCAUUAAACUUGAUUUUUCAUCAUCA